AUAUAUAUGUGUGGGCUGAAACAAACAAAGAGGGUUCGUCUGAUUUGUGUGGUGGAACAACCAAAUGGUUCAAAGUUUGGAACUUAGCCCAACGUCCUUUUCACCACAUUAAUAGUCGUUUUCUGAACUUCCUCUGCUCUCUCUCUCUCUAUCGAUUUUUCAUUUUUUUCACUGAUCACUAAGGUCCUUCAUCGUUCCUCUGAGUCUGAGAAAUUAAAAUUUAUUGAUAAGGUUGAAAUUAAUUAAGUCGGAGCGAUGGAUUUCCAAAGCCAGCAAUCCAUGUCAGUUUCACCCCAGAGGAAGACGGGAAGGGGGAAGAUUGAGAUCAAGAGGAUUGAGAACACUACAAAUCGCCAAGUCACCUUCUGCAAACGCAGAAAUGGACUGCUCAAGAAGGCUUAUGAACUAUCUGUGCUCUGUGAUGCAGAAGUUGCUCUAAUCGUCUUCUCUAGCCGAGGUCGUCUCUAUGAAUAUGCUAAUAACAGUGUUAAAGCAACUAUUGAGAGGUACUGGAAAGCUUGUUCAGAUUCUACUAGUGGAUCUACUUUUGAGGUUAAUGCUCAGUACUACCAACAAGAAUCUGCCAAACUGCGUGCCCAAAUCAGUAACCUGCAAAAUCACAACAGGCAAAUGAUGGGAGAGGGUUUAGGCAAUCUAAACUCCAAGGAUCUCAAAAACCUGGAGGGUAGGUUAGAAAGAGGGAUCAGCAGAAUCCGUUCCAAAAAGAAUGAGCUUCUAUUUGCAGAAAUUGAAUACAUGCAGAAGAGGGAAAUAGACUUGCAUAACAACAACCAGAUUCUUCGAGCUAAGAUAGCUGAAAGUGAGGGGAACCAGCAGCAAGACAUGAAUGUAAUGGGAGCAGGAGGGUCCGACUAUGAAUGUAUGCAAUCUCAGCAGCAAUUUGACAAUCGAGGUUACUUCCAAGUCACUGCGUUACAACCCGAUCAUCAGCAUCCACGCCAGGAUCACAUGGCCCUUCAAUUGGUUUGAUGAGAAUGGGCAAGCAAGACUUGAAUUUCUUCUUCUGCAGUUGUAUUUUGGAGUUUAAUGCUGAAGGUGACUUAAGCAUAACUAGGAAGAGGGGAUUUCGUCGGUACAAGUUCUCUCCAUAUAUAUAUAUAUAUAUAUGUAGUAGCUUUUUAUAUAUACUUUCCCUUAAACUAUUUAACAUUGUGAAAGGCUCCGUUCUGUCCAUGUUUACCUACUAUUAAAGGGUCACAAAAAGACACCUGUGAUUCCUUGUGUGUCAUCCGUUAUUUCCACGUUUCCUCUGUACGAUAUAAGCCUGCAUGUCCAUUCUAUCUACAACUUGUGAUUGUAUAUAUAUAACAAUAUAAACACUAACCAUGAAGAUCAUAAUGAA